AUGAUGGACGUUUUACAACAUCCCGAUCUAUUACUACACAUCUUUAAGAACUUGACACAUGUGGAUUUGUGUCAUUCCGUCUCUCGAGUGAAUCGUUUGUGGUAUCAAGUCUCCAUUCGGAAUGAAUUGUGGAGAUUUUUAUGUUUUCAUGUCUAUUCGAAACAUCAUGGACAAUUCAAAGAAGAAUCAUUGGAGGAAGUGAUCAAUGAUGAUCAUGAUCAUGGUCCACCAAAUUCAACACCAAUAAUGGAACAAGAAGGUGUGAAUUUGAAAUCCAAUCCCGACGAAUUUCUCAAUCGAAAUAUUGUGCGGUUGGAAUUGGAGGAAUUGUACUACAAGAACAAAUUCUUUGAAAAGGCCUAUUCCAACAAAUUUCGGAUCGUGUUGAGAUAUCCUCGGGAAGAUCUCAAGUUGUUUGGUGCUUACUAUAAUCCUGUUCAAGCCAGUGAAAUUAAGUUUUCCAAUGAUGUGAAACAUUUAUUGAAAUUUGUUCCCAUCCUUCGAAAGGAAAAGAAGAAGCAACAACAGUCAACAUCAAAGAAUGAUCGUAACAGCAGUAGUAGUAGUAAUGGUGGAGGAAAGAAGAAACAAAAGAAGGCAAUGAAGUUUGAAUUGAUUGAAAAUCCAAAUCAGGAAGAGCUGUUGGAACUCUUUGAAUUUCCUGGUUUAAUAACAUGUAGUGAGAUGAAUCGUGUGUAUUGUGUGUUGAAUGCAUGUUUGGUCACGAAGGACAAGAAUUUCAAGCGAAAUACGUACGAUAUUGUAAAGAAGUAUAUUGUAAAGAGAUCUUUGCCAAAGAUUCCCAUGUCACAGAGAUGGGAGUAUGUCAUGAAUGAACAAUUUUCAUCCUAUCGCCACUCCACCCCAAUAAAGAUGAUCCUUAAUUAG